GUUAACUAAAGAGAUCAUAAACCUAGUUUUUUCCUUUUUUUUUUUUUUUUUUUUUUUUUUUCUAAUUUUAAUAGCAAUAUGUGUGCACAAAAGUCACAGUGACGUACUAUCAUUUUGACGGUCAAUUGGGACCCACCAAACCCUUUGGGAUCUGUGUAAAUUUUGGGUCCCACAGAUCCUCCUCCCUCUCCUCCUCUUCUUCCUGAUAUUACCACCAUUUGCUUUUCACCGUUAUUUGACAGCGAUAUCUCUAUAAUUAAACUCUUUUUCUCUAUUACAAUGGUAUUAGAUUAGUAGUAAUAUAAUUGGUACCUUACUUUCCUUUCAAUUUACGUAUCUACGACAUCACUCUUUCGUUUCGUAAGCCACCGGCGACCUCUGUCCAAGAUUUAAUUAUUUUUUUUUUCCCUUCUGCAUUAAUUAAAAUCAGAAUAAAUUAAGGGAGUAAUACGGCACCUAUGAGGUUAGAGGAGAUCGACUUUUGCUGAUACCAUGCCUCCGAGAGCACUGUCAAGAAGUGAGAGUUCAGCAUUAUCUAAUGACAAUCAGCAUGGCUUGGAGAACAGAAAGAAUACAAGACAGCACCAAACGUGGAGGUUUGCUAGAGAGAAGCCUUUGUCUCCGCGAGCUAGUCAAGGUUUGAAGUUCAAAGAUAAGGUCGUUAAAGUGGAGAACUCCAUUCGUCCUCCACAUUCAGAUCUUCCUUUAGAGUUUGUAAAGGAUGUUAAUAAUGAGUUUGUUGUCCGGACAAAGUUUUCUAACAAUCAACAACUGCCUCAGGGGAGGAAUGGUACGAGUAAGGAGGAGCUUGUCAAAUACAUGUCCAAAGUCCCUGGUUUUCUACAAAGAGGAGAAAAACUCCAAGAUAAUGCUUUUAAUAUUGGAGUUCUUGAUUGGGGGCGUUUAGAGAAAUGGACACACAAACAUGAAAAAACUUUAGUCAGUGAAAGAAAAUCUAGACAUGGUGCUGGAAAUGGCUCUUCAUCUGCUAUGGCAAAUAAUGAUGCUUUAUUUCGCUGCAGAGAGCAACCCAGUAUUUCCAAUAGUAAUACAGCACACGCAGCUGAUUUUUCAACAGUUGGUAAACGCCAUUGUAGAAAUAAAUUGAACCACCCAGGGCUACAGACUUCAUCAAUAACAAAUAUUGACCAGAAGCAGGAAACCAGCAAGAAUGACACAACUACGAUACAAGAUGAUGUGAGUAAGUUUUCCAAAUGCAAGGACAAGUAUUCAAGUCACGAUGAUUGUGUGUUGAUAGGGAAAUCAUUAUCCAGCUCGAGUAACUAUGAUCAUGAGAUUUUAAAGCCCAUGGGCAGGAAAGUCAGCAAUUCAGAUGGCGAAGCAUUAAAGUUUUCAGACAACAUUGGAGGACAUAGAAUUGAUACUCCAGAGCAGUAUAUCUCUGGUAACCAGGAGAGCAUUGUUCUUAUUUUGCCCAAAGAUUUCUCAGGUUCUGCAAGCUCAGGGGUGCAUAAUAGAGCAUCGCUUGAUGGCAAAUCAGCUGCACAUAACUGGGGUAGCUUUUCUGAUAUUUUCUCCGUCGAUGAGAUCCACCCUGAUGAGUCACUUUCUGAUAUUACACAUUCUUGCCCCAUAAAUCAUAUAGUUGAGACAGAAACGGAAUUGGACAUGAAGCUUGAUAUGUUGGUCAAAGCUCAGGGCCUUGAGAGUCCAGUCAACUCAUCAGAUAUGCCUUCCCAUGCAACUGAAAAAUCAGCAACGAGUACUUCAUUUGAAAUGUCUGCAGAUAGCUUGAGGCAUUGGCGAUUUAGCUUUGAUAUAUCUAGGAUGACAAAAAGCCUCAGCUUUAGGGAGAGAUCAGUUCAACCUCCCAUUAGCUCUACUUAUGUGAGUGCCAAGUCUGGUCCUGCUAAACCUGGGUUUUCCAGUUAUACUGAACCUCAAAACAGAAAUAAAGCAAAUCUGAGUGGCAGAGCAAAAGCUAGCCCUUUCAAAAGAUUGCUUGAUCCAUUAUUGAAGUCCAAGUUUGCUAACCAAUUGAAUGAAAAGUCAAAUGACUUGAGAAUGAAGCCGCCCAUUCCUAUACAAGUGUCUGAGAACGAAAAAUGCGAGGCAACAACAAUCAAAGCACUUUUGCAUUUAUCAGAUAAGAGUGGGCUACCUUUGUUCAAGUUUGUGGUUGAAAUCAAUAAUGAGAUCUUUGCAUCCACAGUGAAAAAUUUUAGCACACUCGACAAGGAUGACAUUAGCUGGUUAUACACUUUUUAUUCUCUUAGUAGAUUCAGAAAGAGGAGUGGAGGCUGGAAAAAUCCAAGGGUUAAACCUUCUGGAUUUGGGUACAAUGUUGUAGGGAAAAUGAAGGUUUCAGAACCUUAUUUUCCAUGUUGGUGCAACCAGGAAUUCCGAGAAAAAAAUAUGGUCAAAGAGUCAGUCUUGUAUAGUGUUGAUAUGAGCAAAGAAGAUGCUGCAACUUCAGAAUUCACGAUAAGCAGGGAGCUGGCGGCGACAGUUGUAAACCUGCCAGGUACUGUUGGCAAAUGCAGCAACUAUGACUGGUUUCCUGACUUUGAACAUGAGAAAUUGGGCAAUGUAGCUGUCAUACUACCAGGUGCUGACCACAGCUUGCCUCGUGAAGGAGUGCCUUCAUCUUUGAUUAAUCGCUGGAGAACUGGUGGGUUAUGUGAUUGUGGAGGUUGGGAUAUUGGUUGCAAAUUGAGGAUUCUGACAGAUAAAUGGCAACACUACAAGGAUUUACAAGCUCCAUGUGAUCUUUAUGAUCAGGGGGAUGCUAAGCAACGCAGACCAUUCUUUAGCUUGAUUCCUCUUCGAGAUGGACUCUUUUCAGUGGAAUUUGAUGCCAAAAUUUCUUCUUUGCAAGCAUUUUCGAUAUCUGUUGCACUGAUCAAUAGUCUGAACCCGGCUCACUCCGCAAACACAACUGAGCAAGUUGAAUCAAAACCGGAGUUUGGUAGGGUAAAGGCAUCCAUGGCUAUUAGAAAUGAAGGCCCUGAAAAGCAUGCCCCGCAUCCACCUCUGUCCCCUGUUGGCAGAGUGUAAGUCAUACUAGCAGUAGAAGUAGACUCGCGAGGCAAUUAUGUUGCUUCAGAAAUGAGUUGGGUAAUAGAGAUCAGUAAGUAUCUUA